GUCAGUCGCACUGUCAAAGUUUGCCUUUUCACGGGCAAUUGGAUUUGGACAUUUGGCAAAUAAAACGAAAAAAUAAGUGCCCCAAACGAUGUACGCAUGAAAACAAUUAUAUAUCAUUAUAAACUCACCAGAUUAAAGAAGUCAUUCCGUCCACCGAGAGCUUCCGUCCUCGAGGAACUCGAAGCAAUGAGAUAAUUAUUGCUGAUGAGCGUCGUUCGCUCGUGUUUUCGUUGGAGUCAUCAUGACGCGACCCGGCCCGCCUAGCGAGAAUCUACCCACAGUGAAAUUGGUAGUGGUGGGUGAUGGUGGUGUCGGCAAGAGCGCGAUCACAAUUCAGUUCUUUCAAAAGCUCUUUGUGACGGACUAUGACCCGACCAUUGAGGAUUCGUACAUACAGCACACGGAGGUUGACGGACAAUGGUGUAUAUUGGAUGUACUGGACACAGCCGGGCAAGAAGAGUUCAGCGCGAUGCGCGAACAGUACAUGCGCAAGGGCGACGGGUUCCUGCUCGUCUACUCGGUCACCGACAAGCAGAGUUUCGAGAACAUCCGCCACUUCCACACGCAGAUACUGAGGGUCAAGGACCGGGAGACUUACCCGAUGCUGAUCGCUGCUAAUAAGGUGGAUCUGGUGCACUCUCGCGUGGUGAGCGAGGAGGCGGGCCGCGAGCUGGCGCGCGCGCUCUCCGCGCCCUACAUCGAGACGAGCGCGAAGGAGCCGCCGCUCAAUAUAGAUGCGGCUUUUCACGAGCUGGUCCGCAUCAUACGCAAUCACCCGCAGCAGGAGGAGAAGCAGCGGCGCCGCAGGAAGUUCUCAUGUAAAUGCCAAAUCCUAUAGAUACCCAGGUAGCUGUGUGGCCGGCGCGCGUUUCGAAUCUUUGUUGGGUAGCUUAAUGUUACAAAGUUUGGAAUGAACAAAUAAUAUAUAUUUUGCCAACAUUAUAAAAGUGGAAGUAUAGCUUACGCGGGUUUAAGACUGUUCUCAUAUAAUAUAAGAGAGAGAAAGGAUAAGAGAGAGAAAGAAAAAGUAUAUAUUGUGUUGGUUGUAUUAUUUUUAACCGACUUGUAAAGAGAGCUGGUCAUCAAAUCGACUAUAGUUUUUGUUGUCUUAUAACUGGGUAAUUUAUCUUUGUUUUAUCUAUGCUAAUAUUAUAAAGCUGAAGAGUUUGUUUGUUCUAAUCUCAGGAACUAUUGGUCCGAUUUGUAAAAUUAUUUUAAUGUUAGAUUUUUUAGAGCCCAUUUAUUGAGGAAGGCUAUGCCACGGGCGAAGCCAGGGCGGACCGCUAGUUUGAAAUAUGGUCCCAUUUAAAUUUAGUCUAGUCCUGACCUAACAUUAGACGAUAAUAUGUUUAAUGAAUGAUUAUAGAAUAUUAAGAU